AUGUCUACCAUUGCUAUCGGUCUCGGUGUCGCUACUGCGGCCUUCCUGGGUCGCGCCGGUCUUCUUGCCUACCGUCGCUCCAAGGGAGGUGUGAAUGCCAUGGGCAAGGCCUUCUACAAGGGAGGUUUCGAGCCGCGCAUGAACCGCCGUGAAGCUGCCUUGAUUCUCGAGCUUCCGGAGCGUACCCUUAACAAGGACAAGGUCCGCAAGAAGCACCGCCAGCUCAUGCUUCUCAACCACCCCGAUCGUGGCGGCAGCCCCUACUUGGCGACCAAGAUCAACGAGGCCAAGGAGUUCCUCGACAAACACACUUAA